GUCAGUUGUCAGGAAAAAUGAUCUAAAUAUAAACAAAUAAUAUUUCUGUUAUCUGCUUAUUUGGUUUGGGUUGAGAGCAAAGCUUGGUUAUUUCAAUCAACAGCGGCAAUUACUACAUUACAUGCAUCAUACUUCAUAAUUCGUAAAUCUGCUGAUUAAUAUCUAUUAAAAUAUUUUCAAUCUAUCGCGAGAAAAAAAUUGAACAAAAUACAUACACAAGUACAUACUUAAACGACGGUUUGGCAAACUCGAAAAUGAUCAAACCGCCCAAAAGUGUAUCAACAGUUUCCCGCAGCAAAGUGACGUCUGAAAAGCCGGAACCAAAGUUGAAAUAUAGAGGCCUUCUGAAAGAGGGACAUAACCUAGACCCUGCUGGCCUCGUAUCAAGCACGCCAAUAUGCAGCAAGGAGAAGGUGCCACUCACUUUGCCAUCUGGCUACUGUCUAUCUCCAAUUAAAAAAAUCCAUCCAGUUCAAAAUCCCCUCCCAAGUGAUGAUGACGAUGACGACAAUGUUAUAUUUAAAAAUAUAAGGACCCAAAAAUCAUUUUUAUCUAAAUCCAGGAAAACAUACAUUGACAAAAGUCCUGAUUUUGAUGAGGAUUCUUCAGGUGCGGUUGAACGUGGAAGAGUGUCGAAAAAUAAAAGUCAUGAACACAAUCCAGGAAUUUUAAAUAAAUCACUGAAGAGAAAAAAUGCUUUGUCUCCGCUGUCAGCAAAGAAGAGGUCGAAAAUUGAAGAUAAGCCAAUGACUGUCAACAAAGAACAGGGUCCAGCUCCAGAAAUUCUUCCUUCUAAAUUGAGUGAGAAAAUUUGCGGAACCCCAAUCAAGCAGUCACAUGUGAAGAAGAACCAGUCAGGAAAGAAAAUCAAGUCGAGUGAAGCAACAAAAACCAGCCCAAAAAAGCCCUUAGUUGAUUCAAACAGCCCCAAAGAGGCGACUACAUUCAGAAAACCACCUCCAAAACAGUCAGAUAAUAAUAUGAAAGCUUCUAAAGAAAAUUCUGACUCUAAUGGAAAUUCAUCUGAUGAGGAAGAGAUGCCAACAAUGUCCUCAAAAUCAGAAAGAAGCCUGCCAAAAAAGAGGAAACUUUCUCAGCCUGACUCCAGUAUUAGUUCUCUUCAUGAUGAUUUCGCCAUGAUGAAAGAGAAUCCUAAACCCAGCAGAAGUGGAAACAGAACAACGAUGAAAACUCUGCUACACGCUAGCAAAAGGAAGGAAGCAAAAGGCACUCUACAGGUGGCAAGAAGGUCGUGUCGCACAAGGAUGGCCCCCAUUAAUUACUGGGAGCAACGACUGAAUUACGUUUACGUCAACGGCAUUUCCACGCUAGAUGUGCAAAACCCAGUGAAAAGCCAACCGAAGGCGCCCAGCCAAAAUCCAAUUAUGAAGGACACAAAAAUUCCCAUUCGCAAAUCAAUCGCCCUGACAAGUAAACCAAAUUCUACUGGAUCUCGGAAAGCGAGUCCAAAAAAGAUCAGCUCGGUGAAGAAACCAGAGCCUUCAGCAAAAACGGUGGAUCCUGGACCAAAUGGGGAAAGCGGUGAAACUACAAAGAUUCCAUCCAUACUCACGGAUUUGGCAACCUUAGAAACUGAGCUGCAAGACUUGUCUGCAAAAUUGUACCAUCAACAUGAAAACAUUUCAUGCGAGGGUGUAUUCCGCCUUAAACCUGGCAAGCGAAGAGGGAGGUACACAUGCUCUUCAAAAACGCUGUUUUCCGUGCUGCGAGGGUUAGUGAAAUUAUUUGUAGACGAUGUUGAGCAGAUUGAUAGCAGGGCUAAUGUAAAAGCUGGUCAAACGAUUGAGAUUGUUAACUGCGGGAACAAAGAAGAUUGCAUUGUCUACUUUGCUGAAAUUUACAGAGGUGGUUAAACUAAUCCAGUGAAGUUUUUGCUGGUAUUAUCAGCUAGAAAUUUACCAUGACAAAUCGGUAGAGAGCCGUGGAGAGAUUGAAGUUUACGUUGUACACAUUGCAGAUAAUAAGAAAGGCAGUAAAAUUAA